UUGCACCCCACAACCCUCCCCCACCACCUGGUUCUCAGUGCCGCCUCCAGAAGCUUCUAGCGGCGGUAACUCAUCGUUUCGAUCGGUAGACUCGUUCCGUAGUACUGUUCGGCCUCAACAGAAUGAAGUUAAAAUGAGUCUUCUGGAGAUCAGUGAGAAUGUGAAAUUAGGCAGAGAAUAUGCCUUAUUGGGGAAUUAUGAUUCUGCAUUAGUGUACUAUCAAGGAGUAAUUGAACAGAUUCAAAAGUACUUAUCUUCUGUCAGAGAUCCUUCAUACAAGCAGAAAUGGAAUCAGGUAUGGCAAGAGAUAACGGAAGAAUGCCAGCAUGUCAAAGAGAUUAUGUCAACAUUGGACAGCUUUAAACAUGACAGUUCCCCCUUGCAAGCAGUACGACAUGAAGGACCAGCACGUGAUUUAGAAGUCUGGUCAUUGCCUGUGCCUGUAGAACGCAAACCAUCACCGCAUCCAAGAAAGCGACAGUCAACUCCUUGCAACGACCUUAGAGCUCCUCAAAAAGACCGUCUAGGAGCUCCAGUUAGAGGUUCUAGCCGUCCUGUAUCCCGAAUAGGAAACAGUGAGAGAGUCAGAGCAAACAAAGGAAAGGAAAAGAAAGAAAAUCAAAACAAAGGAAAGGAGGACAAGGUUAAACCAAUUGAUGCCUCUGAAAGUGAGCCAAAAAAAUUUGAUGGUUCUGGAAAUGACCGAGAUUUAGUAGAAGCUUUGGAGCGAGACAUAAUAUCUCAAAAUCCAAAUGUUCGAUGGGAUGAUAUAGCAGAUUUGGCGACAGCAAAAAAAUUACUUGAAGAAGCAGUAGUUCUGCCCAUGUGGAUGCCAGAUUUCUUUAAAGGAAUCAGACGACCUUGGAAAGGAGUACUGAUGGUUGGCCCCCCAGGAACUGGAAAAACAAUGCUGGCUAAAGCCGUAGCUACUGAAUGCGGAACAACAUUUUUCAAUAUUUCUUCUUCAACACUUACUUCUAAGUAUAGAGGAGAGUCCGAGAAACUUGUCCGUCUUCUGUUUGAAAUGGCCAGGUUUUAUGCCCCAACAACCAUUUUCAUUGAUGAAAUUGACUCCAUUUGCAGUCGUAGGGGAACUGCUGAAGAGCAUGAGGCUAGUAGACGAGUGAAGGCAGAACUACUUGUUCAGAUGGAUGGUGUUGGGGGUGCAUCAGAAAAUGAUGAUCCAUCCAAGAUGGUUAUGGUUCUCGCAGCUACUAAUUUCCCAUGGGAUAUUGACGAAGCUCUAAGGAGGCGUCUAGAAAAACGAAUUUACAUUCCUUUACCUUCAGCAACGGGCAGAGAGGAGUUGCUGCGGAUAAAUCUCCGAGAAUUGGAGGUGUCAGAUGAUGUGGAUGUCAAAAAAAUAGCCGAACAAAUGGAGGGCUAUUCUGGAGCAGACAUUACCAAUGUUUGCAGGGACGCCUCCAUGAUGGCCAUGCGACGUCGCAUCCAAGGACUAACUCCUGAGGAAAUAAGAAACAUCUCCAAGGAUGAGUUGCAGAUGCCGACAACCAUGGAAGAUUUUGGAAUGGCCUUAAAAAAAGUUUCUAAGUCUGUUUCUGCUGCAGACCUUGAGAAGUAUGAGAAAUGGAUUGCAGAGUUUGGUUCCUAUUAAUCCAUGUGAAACAGAUUUAGGUAGUACCAGCUAAAUAUUAUUGAGUUCACUCAGGUAAGAUAGAAAAUUGACUUCUUAAACCACAGGCCAAAUAUGGUUGCCUUCAGUGCCCUAUUUAAAAGUCACUUGCCUUGAAAUCCUUACUUCUGUCUAUCUUUUAUUUCUUACUUUCUAGAAUGUUUUUAUUUAAACAGGGGAUAUUGAGAAACCAAAGUAAAGAUGUUGGAGAAUCUCACCAUCAGGAUCUAUGUUUUAAAAAUCAAACCAGUGCAAAGAAUUCUGUUUAAUUCUAACAUUUCGUUUUUAUUUAUCUAUGUAAGUUUAUUUUUUUUGAAUGGUUUUAUUUAAUGUCUUCUGGAAAAAAUUGAGUCUGCCUUGAGUUAAUGUUUAUAGUUGAUGAUGAAGCAAGGAUUAGUGACAACUAUCUACUAAUAACUGUAUAGAUACAACUGUUAGGGUGCUUCAGCAUCAAGUAUACCUGUUAACUUAGUGUCAGGGAGCUAAAUUAUCAACCUCAUUUAGGUGAGCCAAUUGUGUUCACUUGUGAAUAGAAUUAAGAAAUACAGAAAACAAAACAUAGCAAGCAAACAUUAAUCAGAAUUCUUUGAAUUAAUAUUUUUAAUUGCAUUUUGAUGGUGGGCUUCCCUCUUAAUUAUUUUUGUAAUGGAUUCAUUUCUAAUAGACAAAUGCCUUAAAACACAUUUUAAAAAUGCAAGCUACAUGCAGCAUGCUACAAAAUGAGGGCAAUGAGAAGAUUAAAUUAUGUUCUCCUUUCCCCCUCCCCUUUCUCUGUGUUCCUGUUCUUUCUGACCUUGUUUAUUUCCUUUACUCUCCUUUUUUGCCCUAUUCUUUGUUUUAUUUCUACCUUGUCCUUUCCUCCCAUUAUCUUAUCUCAGUGUUGCCUUGAACCUUUAUUUUUGUGAAGUUUCUCCAUAACAUACAAAAGAACAUGGCCAAAAAUCUUAAGACAAUGUUAGUAAAGCAGUCAGAUCCUCUGCAUUUCAUGACCCAGGUAGUUUGUAUUAGCAGGUCAUACAUUCCAUAAAAGUGAUCUCAGAAUAUUUUAAUAAAUAAUUACUUAUACCUCUAAUUCUGUUUAUUCACUCAUCAUGUAUAGAUAGGAUGUGUGUUAUUCUAAAGAGAGGAAUAGCAUUUGACACACUUCCUGCCGGGCAAUCACCUGAUCUUUCCCCCACCUGUGUGAGGGCUAAUUUUUAGUUCUUUACUUUUUCUCCUGUCAGAUCUUUUUGUUGUUUCCCACACUAGAAAAAGUUUGAUUCACCUACUGGUUUCUGUUUGUCUCCCAGUUUAAAUUCUGAAGGCAAUCUUCCUCAAAGAUUAUGGGGUGAUUUUGUACAUCUUCACUUUAUGAUGGGGUCUUCACUGUCAACUAUGCAAAUCUGCUCUACCCAUUCUUUUCAUUAAAUUAAAAGGUAAAUCCAAGCAACGGUGAGUUGAUACCAGCCCCUGGUUUUAAAGUGAGUCAAAUACUUCACUGUGAAAGGAAUCCCACCAUUUGUUCUUGUAGCUUUUAAAUUGUUGCAUCACUACUACUCCAGAAUCAGCACAAGGGCUUACCUGGUCUGUCAUCCUGCAGAAAAUUUAUUUUGGCUGCAAGAACAGUUAAACAUGAAUAAUUCUUCUGGGUGCAGAAAAAGCUUAAAUUGACACCAAACCUACUCCCAGGUUGAGGACCAGUGUGCCAUGGUGUUGCCACUACCUCAUUAGGCAUAGGUAGCAUAUAGUUCACCUGGAUUGUACUCGGAUAUGAGAGUGAUCCAACUUUUUGACCUCCAUUUUGAAGGCUAAUAUUGCCAAACAGCAAAACUUCAUCCAUGGAUUUCCACAAUUGUCACUUAAUUCCAUUGAAAUAUAAUGUUCUUGUUCUUUUUUUACCUUAAUUUUCUCUAGUAAUACUGAUAGUUUGGUCCACCAAUUCUUGUUUCUUCUGUUAGUUUGUGUGCACAGGUGGGACAAAGGAAUUAAGUUAGCUUGGGUAGCUAAAUCACUCCAAGAUGAGUAUUUUUGGUGGUUUAGUGCUUGUGUCUCUUUGUCUUGUUCCUGAGUAGUUCUGCAUCCUUUCAGGAAAUGUUUGAACUCAGUGCACUGUGCAUUGGCCACUUACUGGGUUUGUGAAUUCCGUAGUUUACUGAGAAUGAAUGUCUGACCCUCCAUGUCUGUACUUCAGACGGACCUGAAGUUUAUGUUCGUAGAAUCCUGUCUUUGGUAUACGUGUCGUUGUAUGUGGAAAUGGGAAGAAUGCCCUUUUGCCUUUUCAUUAAUCUCCACUCUCGGUUUGGCAAAAAAAAAUCCCUGGAAGUACACUCCGGAGCUGCCUUAGUUAAUGAGGCAGAUAUUUGCUUUGAAGGAACUAUUAGUUAUUUUUUCACUAGAGCAAAUGGUAUGACUAACCAGAGCCCGAAGUUAAUAUAUGUUCUUAUUUGUUUUUUUUUUUACUGGUCAAAAACUGAAUUGAGGAUGAUUUUAAAUUAUACAAAACCGAUUGUGCCAGAUGAUUACAAAAUGGAAUUUUGGAUUAGAGAUCACUCAAGAUGCUGAACCAUUUUUAUACCAAACCUAUAAAGGGUAAGAUGGAUAAUCCUAGUGGCAUGUAAACCAAGUGUAAACUGAAAGAAUGGACAGCAGAUAUUUUAAAAAUCUACAUUUUAAAAUCGAUCACAUUUAUCCAGUAUUUGACGAUCCAUUGCAAUAAAUUGUUGAUUUGCCAAUCACCAUUAUGUCUCCAGCAGUUAGAAAUUCAAACUCUCAGCACUUGAAUCAUCAAUAAUUUUCCAUUUCCCCCCUCUAAUGAAAAUAAAUUGAGAUAUGCUCCAGUGAGUACAGUAUUUUAUUAUAGAUUUUAUACAAAAUUAAGUAUCUGUACUUCAACUCUGCCAAUAUGUUUUAAUGUAAGGAACUGCCUCCAAUAAAAGGACACUGCUGCAAA